UAUAUGUAUGUUUACCAAAUUUUAUUUACUACUGUUUCCUUCUAAAAAAUUUUUUAUUUCCUUCUUACAACUAUUACCUUCUAAAACACUUUUUAUUUCCUUUUAAACUGCGGCACAAGAGAGAGUCGUGAAGCAAGGGAGUGUUUCUGUUGUGUUGGUAUUGGAAUCCAAGUGAUGAUGUUGAGCCAGAGUCCAUACGACCUUGUCUAUGGAUCAGAGGGCUUUACUGCAUAUUCUGAUCCAACUUGUACCAUACAUGGUACCAUUCGACCAUCAACCCCCGCUGAUGAAGAACAGGUUAAAAAAGCUGUGGAUUUCGCACUUGAACAGUAUAGCAAAAGGGAGGGUGCGGACAUUGUAUCGCUUAAGAGAAUUGUGAAGGUUAAUUUGGAAUUCCAUGGAAGAACUAUCGUAGUGUACUAUAUCACACUGGAUUUGGAAACCAAUUUCAGUGGAGGAGAUGAUGAACAAGAAUCAGAACCUGCAGCUUUUUAUUAUGAAGCUAAGGUCUAUAGAUACAUUCCUGAUGAUCUGUUUGCUCUGGAUAUUUUCAGACCUGCAUUCUACUACCAUCCACCCUAUUAAUUACUCUUUUUGUAUUAACCAUUUUUAACUACUCUUUAUUAUGAACUAAUAAGAAGUUUUUUACCCUCUAUUUCCCA